UCCUCUUGCGCUAACAGAUACACCAACAAGCGCAACAAGUUGAUAGUUUUGUUUCGUUCGAAAUUCAUUUUUGUGAAUUAUGUGCCACAAACAAAUGAGGAUGUCACCUUUACCUAUCAAACUCGCUAAAAUCACCGUAAUUGUGAUUUUUUUCUGUUUUGCUGAAUGCGCAGCUGGUUCUUGUCUCAGUUACGGGCAUGCAUGUUGGGGUGCACAUGGUAAAAGAAACAGUCAUGUCCCAGUGAGAGACCCUUCGAGGGACUCGACUUGGUUUCUUUCCAAACUAGUCCAGAGUCCUCUGGACGUGCGCUAUGUCAAUGAGAGGGACUUGGAGGUACCAAGUCAACAACUUUUCGCCGACACUCAAAUGGAAGCGGAUCCUUUGAAAGGACUAGAUGACUUCAGGAAUAUGGCUGAUGUUUAUUCCAACGAAGAAAAUGUUCUUUUUGAUGACGCUUACCCAAACCAACGGCCCCGUUUCCACAAAAACAAAGCUUCAAAAUUAUUACGAUCGACAAAAAUGAUUUGAAGAGGACCUUAGCGUUUUUAAUUGUCAACUCUAACUUUUUCUUGACUCAUUUGUUGUACUGACUAGAUAAAUUUAGUGAUUUGUAAAUAAAUCGGCCCCAAGUCUUGUCAAUAAGGGCUGGAAUGACAAAAUCUGGGGCUCUAUAAAUUUUGAAAAAAACAUAUUUAUGUGAUGUAGCUGUGAGCCCUCUAUGUUUAUGUAAAGACUGUGGAUUAUUUAUUACUCAUAUUAAUUAUUAUAAACGCAAUGCUUGUUAAUAAAUUAUUUAUGUAAAUCAGAAGAGCCUAUCAUACAUCUUCCCAAACACAAUAAUUACGUUUUCAGUUUAUGUUUAGAAAAUUACUACAAAUAUAGAUGAUUGUUUCAACAUUUAAGUACACAAGGCUUUCAAAUAAAAGCAAGAUAGAUGAGAUAACUAAACUGUGGUUUUAUUCACGCCAAUAAAGUAGGUUUAUACGUGGAAUAUCA